UCUGCUCCCACUCGCUGCACCUAUCCUGCCUUUAACCCUGUAAAGAAGUCCACUGUAGCAACUGCUCCCUCCUCUGUUCCAUCCUCCAGCUCUUCUCUGUCUUCAGCUGCUCUAUCCACUUACAAACCUGCGCUUACUUACAGUGCUCCGGUAACUAAAACCAGGAAAAGGCGAAAAUUCUUUCCAACCAGUACCAUCCUGCCAGUAUCCAAACCGAUCAGCCUGCCAUCUGAGAACCCGCCUUCCGUGGUGCAGCCUGAUGUGCCUUCGUCCGGUGCCCAGCCCCAUGAGCCUCCGCCCGGUGCCCAGCCCGAUAUGCCUCCGUCCGGUGCCCAGCCUGAU